AGUUGUAUGAAUAAGACCAUGGUUACAAAGUCUAAAUUCUCUAUGGCCGCUCAAUUUCAAUCCCCCUCUCCUACCCUUCUUCUCCCUCAAAUCUAAACCUUCCUGGCAGCUUCCUUAUUAUCUGCAUCCAAUACCCAUCUCUCUCUCUCUCUCUCUGUGUCAAGCUGAGUUUUGCCUUUUGUACUUGCAAGCAAGAGGACCCUUUGUGUCAGAAGGAAAUCCCAACUUCCAAUCUUUAAUGGUUAUCUGUUUGUCUCUCUUUCAUCACAAAAGUCACUUCUGUCAGACUAAGUUGUACUAGAAUUGGGAUCCCCACCACCAUCAUAUAACCUCUCAGUCUUUGUUUUAGCAUUCGGUAUUAGGGAUCUUCUUUGCACCAAACAUGAUCCCAAAGGGUGUAUCCCUUAAUCCCAACUCCCGCAAAACAAGGUUUGCUCGUAGAUUUAUCUGUGCCCUCUCGCAAAUGAGAAACCCUAGACCAGUUUCCUCCUCCAACGAGGAAGAAGUCCGUAAACGAAGCCACAAAAUAAAGAUCGCUGCUUAUCUGUCGAUGGCGCGCGCAGUUGGGUCGAGGAGGGCUUGGAGCCGGGCCCUUCUUUUCAAGCUUCGAACGCGAGCAAGGCGCCACAAUAUCAUGAUCGGGAGGAGGUCUCUCUGCUUGAAGAAGAAAAGGGUCAUUAAGAAUGAUCCCCUAGGGGAGCUAAGCCAAACCAACAAGCUUAGACAUCUUGUACCAGGUGGGAAAACCAUGGAUAUGUGCAGCUUGUUGGAGGAGACAGCCCACUUUGUAACGUGUCUUGCUACCCAGGUUAAGGUCAUGCAGACUAUAGCCGAUCACUUUGCUAAAUGAGCAGGCCAGAUAAAAACUUUUCAACAUGCAGUAGAGGAUAAGAAGAUGGAUGCCCUUGCGUACAGGCAGCAGGCAUGUGUUGGGGUUCGUCAAGUUUGGAACAAGCUAGCUGUUGGAUGAUAUAUAUUUAUGCUAGUGAUACAAGAUCGAGGGAAAGUACGAGCUGGGUUUCUUUUACUUCUUUCUAAGGCUCAUGAUGAUAGCAUAUUUGGAGGUAAGAAAUGUAUUAAACUCCUCCAUCGCUACUCACAGCCUGCAGGAUGAAUGCUUAAUAAUGCACGUAGUACUACUGGCUGUUUAUGAUAGCUAGAUAGCGAUUUAACACGGACAACGGAUCUAGCUAGCUAGCUAGCUAUAAACGUAUAAAUGAUUUUCUAUUUCAAACUUAA